AGUGAGGGCGGCGGGGGGCAGGGUGGGGCCGCGACUGGACCGCACAGGGGCGGAGGCCGGAGGAGCGGCAGAGGCUCAGGAUGGUGUUUGAGUCGCUGGUGGUGGACGUCCUGAACCGCUUCCUCGGCGACUACGUGGUGAACCUAGACAGCUCCCAGCUGAAGUUGGGCAUCUGGGGAGGAGCUGUAGCACUGAAGAAUCUUGAAAUAAAAGAAAACGCACUGAGUCAGCUGGAUGUGCCAUUUAAAGUUAAAGCAGGACAUAUUGGUCAACUUAACCUUCAGAUUCCAUGGCAAAACCUUUAUACUCAACCUGUUGAGGCAGUUCUUGAUGGAGUUUAUUUGCUUAUUGUGCCCACAGCCAGCAUAAAAUAUGAUGCCGAAAAAGAGGCUAAGCAGCUCAUGGAGGCAAGGCAAAGGGAACUGCAAAGGAUAGAGGAAGCAAAGCAGAAAAUAGCUGACCAAGAUAAAGUGAAAGAAGAGAAACAAGACACUUUUGUAGAAAAACUAGUCACUCAGGUCAUCAAAAAUCUUCAAGUGAAAAUUUCCAACAUCCACAUUCGCUAUGAGGAUGAUAUCACAAAUCGAAGUAACCCCUUGUCAUUUGGGAUUUCACUUCAGAACCUAAGUUUGCAGACCUCAGACAAGAAUUGGAAUCCAUGCUUACAUGAUGAAUCUGCGAAGUUGUUCUAUAAGCUUGUACGACUGGAUAACCUUUUUGCUUACUGGAAUGUGAAAUCUGAGAUGUUCUAUCAUAAUGGCUAUGAUGAAUCAUUGGUUAGCUUGAAACAGGGAGUUGCCUGCCGCAAUGUGAUUCCAGUUGGUUAUGAUUUUGUAUUCCGCCCAAUUUCUGCUGAGGCCAAACUUCUUAUGAAUCCUCGAUCUGACGUUGAUUUCUCAACACCCAAAAUGGAUCUAGAUAUAAGUAUCAAGGAUGUAGCUGUUGAAUUCAAUAAGCCACAGUACUUCAGUGUCAUGGAGCUUCUUGAGUCUAUUGAUAUGAUGACUCGAAAUUUGCCGUAUAGGAAGUACAGGCCUGAUGUUCCACUGCACAACAAUGCCAAGAUAUGGUGGAAAUAUGUUAUUUACGGCAUCCUUGAAGUAAAUGUUCAACGUAGGCUCCAAGUGUGGUCAUGGGAACAUAUUCGACAUCAUAGGAGUCAAGUGAAGAACUAUAGGGAGUUGUAUAGAAGAAAGAUAACAUCAAAAAAACCUACUGAAGAAAUCUUAAAAUCGUUGGAGGAAUUUGAAAAGAUCUUGGAUAUUUUUAACAUCACGCUUGCAAGGCAACAAGCAGAAGUUGAGGCAACUAAAUCUGGACAAAAAAUAUACAAACCAGGAACAAAACAAGAUGAUGAAAAUUCUGGUGGCUGGUUUAGUUGGAUAUGGGGCUGGUCACGUGAAGAAAAGGAUGAACAGAAACAAGACGUAAAGGCUUCAGGUCUCGAAGGUCUUAUGACAACUGAGGAGAAAGCUAAACUUUAUGCAGCAAUUGGAUACAGUGAAACGGCUGUGGACCCAACACUUCCAAAAUCAUAUGAAGCCAUGAAGUUUUCUGUAAAUUUAAAAAGCAUGUCAGCAUCAAUUCGAGAAAACAACCAAACUCCCGAACUGGUAAAGUUUUCUUUAAAUGAACUAAGUACGGUAUUUACUCAACGACCCGGUGCACAAGCAAUAAGAUUUGAAACCAAAAUAACUUCACUUGAAGUUACAGGCAUGUCCCAAGAAAACUGUACGCCCUGUCUUCUGUCUUCUCGAACAGUCUAUUCAGACAAUAGUACCUCACUGUUAAGCAUAAUGUUUGAAACUAAUCCUUUGGAUGAGGGGGCAGAUCAGAGACUUAGAAUAGAAUCACAGCCACUGGAAAUAAUAUACGAUGCAAAAACAAUAAACAGCUUAGUGGAUUUCUUCAGGCCCCCAAAAGAUGUACAUUUAGAGCAACUGACAUCUGCAACCCUGAUGAAGCUAGAAGAGUUUCGUGAAAAAACAUCAACAGGUUUGUUGUAUGUUAUUGAGACACAGAAAGUUCUUGAUCUCAAAAUUAACCUUAUGGCUUCAUACGUCAUUGUUCCACAAAAGGGAUUCUAUGACUGUACUUCUAAUCUACUUCUGUUGGAUCUUGGUAGUCUUAAGAUGAAAAGCAAAAGUCGUUCUGAUAUAUCAGGACUUAAGGUGGGGCAAAGCACUAUUGAAGAUAUAAUGUCAAGAGCUUAUGACAGUUUUGAUAUCCAACUCACCAGUAUACAACUACUCUACAGCAAACAUGAUGAGAACUGGCAAGAGGCUCGUAAGCUGAAAUACUCAUCUCAACAUAUCUUGCAGCCUUUGGAUGUAAAAGUGGAAUUUGGUAGGGCUAUGGUUGUCACUGAUGCAAGAAUGCCCAAGUUCAAGCUGUCUGGACAACUUCCUUUACUUUCUGUCCAAAUAUCGGACCAAAAGCUGAAAAGUAUCUUGGAGCUAGUUGAUAGCAUUCCUAAAGCAGAGAGUUCUCCUGCUACCAGCCCUCCUCCAAAAAUAGCAGAGGCCGCAAUGUCACCUGUGCUCUCUGCACCACAUUUAUCACAGCUUCCUGUUUUGGAUCUUCAUUCAAUUGCAGAGUCAGAAUCAGAAGAAGAAUUUUAUGAUGCUCUAAGCAGUCCUGUGGAAGAUGCGCCAUUUUUUGAAGCCCCGUCUGGUUCCCUCAAGCGAGCUAGCAGCACAAGACGAAAAAAACUAAAUAAACAAGAAUCUUUGAAAAAUAUGACAGAACUCCAGCUGAGGUUUGAAGUAGCUGAGGUCUUAAUAAAGUUAUGCCGCCUUACUGACAGUAUUGAGACUCCAGUGCUGCAGCUUGAAGUUGUGGGGCUAGGAACUGAACUUAAAUUAAGAACAUUUGACUUGACUGCAAGUGCUUUUCUGCAUGAAAUUUGCCUAUUGUGUCCAGAGUAUAUGGAUGAUAAUGACAAACCGGUUUACUUAGUAACUACUUUGGAUAAUGUAGAAGAUGAUCUUCUCACACUGGAGUACAUAAAGGCUGAUAUUAAUGGACCAGAAUUGAAGACUUCCUAUCAGAAUGUUCUACAGAAAAUAAAGGUAAAUUUUUCUUCUCUUGAUGUUCAUUUGCAUACCGAGACUCUCUUGAAUGCUGUGAACUAUCUGAACAAUCUUCUACCCAAACAAGAAGCUAAAGUUACAGAAGAGCCAGUCCAUGAAAAAACAGAGGAUAAAAAGGAUGUUCUUAAAAAAUUAACAUCAAAAAAAUCAAAGUAUGAAGAUGUUAUCGACCUCAGUAUCUGGGCGGAUUUAUCCUGUUUGCGUGUCUUUAUUAGAGAGAAAAAACACAGAAUAGCUGAAAUUCACAUUGAAGGUCUGGAUAGCCAAGUGAUAAUGAAAAAAACAGCAACAGAAAUAACUGCAAAACUAAAGAACAUUGUUAUUGUGGAUUCUGAUGAGAUGGCAUUGUAUAACAAGCCUCUUUACAUCACAGGAAAAGAAGUCUUCAACUUCAAAAUGAUAUCUUAUGUAAAUGCUACAGAUGGUAUUGCAUACACAAAUAUGGAUGUUGUUGACAACUGUGUUUACUUAACUGUUGGUUGUAUUCAAGUAGUUUUUGUCAACAAAUUCUUUUCUUCUAUUUUGGCUUUUGUAAAUAAUUUUCAAGCUGCCAAGGAAGCUCUUACUGAGGCAACAGUUCAAGCAGCAGAGAAAGCAGCUACAGGUGUGAAAGAGCUAGCAGAGCGUAGUUCUCGUUUGGCACUUGAUAUCAAUAUUAAAGCACCUGUUGUGAUAAUUCCACAGUCAGCAGUCUCUGCAAAUGUCCUGGUGGCUGACCUUGGUCUAAUCACUGUAAAGAACCGAUUCUUUAUUGCUAAAACAAAGACUCGAUAUAAUCUCCCACCUGUUGUUGACUCUAUGACGGUGAAAUUGAGUGAACUGAAGUUAUACAGGUCAUGCUUUGAGCAAAAUUGUUUGCAAACUGAAGUACAGCUGCUGCAACCACUCAAUCUGGAAGUUGCUGUUGAACGAAAUUUAGCUGCUGCAUGGUAUAAUGAAGCUCCUGAUAUUGAAAUAUCUGGACGACUCAAGCCUAUGAAUCUAAUUCUCAGCCAGGAGGACAUUACAACAAUACUGAGGACGCUAAAUGAAAAUAUAGGUGAAAGCUCGGGUGCAUCACCACCUUCACAAGAACUGAAAGAUACAACCAGUCAUUGUAGUGGUAUCCGCAGUACUUCAGACCACUCUGCAGGUGUAACUGUUGUGACAUCAGCUGUAGUGGAACUGCACUCACCUAUGAAAAUAAAAACAACACUAAAACUGGAUUUCAGAUUCGACUCUUUGACUUUAGUGCUAUAUAAUUCAAACUCAAAACAGGGUACUAAUUUGGAUCAGAGAGAUGAUCUUUUGAAGCUUGCAGAGUUUAAAUUGGUGUUGAUGUCAGCUGCUAUGAAAAUGUUAUCAGAUGGCUCAAUGAAUGCUUCAGUCAAGUUGGCAAACUGUACAUUAGAUGAUAAAAGACAGGCAAUCCACAAGGCUACACCAAGGAUGGUGGAAAUGAAACACGGAUUUGAAAAGAAGGUUAUGAUGGAUAUAAGCUAUAAGCAGGGCAGAGAUGGCACUGUUCUUGACAUGAUUGUUCAAGAGAUAUACCUUUGUGCAAGCAUGGAAUUUCUACUUACAGUUGCAGAUAUAUUCCUAAAAGCUAAUGCAGAAAGUGCUGCUGCACAGAGAAAUCUCAGGCAGUCUUUACCUUUAAAAGAGCAAGCACCUCUGCAGCCUGUAUCUACAAUGGAAAUGAAUGUUAUUGUUAAAAAUCCAGAAAUUGUGUUUGUGGCUGAUUUAACAAGAAGUGAUGCUCCCGCUUUGGUAGUUACAGCACAGUGUGAGGUCUUCAUUAAAAAUAGCCCUGAAGGGUACAGCAUGACAGCCGCUGUUAAAGAGAUACAAGUGAAAGCAUGCCCAUUUCUUCCAGAAAAAAGGAAAGGCAGUGUAACUACGGUAUUACAGCCUUGUGACUUUUUCUUUGAAAUGAAACAGUCUGGUAAUAAUCCACAGUCAGCUGAUCUAAUGAUUAAAUCCCUAACGGUAAAGGUUUCACCAAUAAUCAUAAAUACGGUAAUAACUAUUACGUCUGCCCUUUAUCAAACUGCUGAAACAACAGAAGAAGAGAUUAGUCAAGUUCCUCCAGGCUUGUGGAAUAUGAAAGAUUUAAAAGAUCUAAAAUUGUGGUUUCUUGAAGAGUCAGGUGAAAGUGAGGACACUAAUCCAAUCACCGAACUAGUUCCCACAGGGCAGUUAUUGAAAAUGAGUAUAGAAUCUGUUGUUGUUACACUUGAAGCUGGAGUUGGGCACCGAACUUUACCAAUGCUCUUAGCCAAGUCCUCAUUUGUUGGAGAAGUAAAAAACUGGACUACCCUCAUCAACCUACAUUCUUGGCUUGAGCUAGAGGUGCACUAUUUUAAUGAGAUGUUUGGAGUGUGGGAACCUUUACUCGAGCCACUAGAAAUAGAGAAGACUGACUUAUUUAAACCGUGGAUUCUUGAAAUCAAGAUGAAGAAGAAAGCUAAAAAAGCAUUAGUUGAAUCAGAUGCAGAUGCAGAAGAAGAAAACUACAAAGUUCCAGAAUAUAAAACAGUAAUAAGUGUUUCCUCAAAAGACCAGCUGAAUAUUACAUUAUCCAAAUGUGGACUGCAGAUGUUGAGUAACUUGGGAACGGCAUUUGCUGAAGCAGCUAGUCAAACCUCAGAUAUCUUCAAAAAAGACCGAGCACCAUUUGUACUUAUAAAUUCUUUAGGACUUCCCAUCACUGUCUUGCCUAGUGAUUCUUUCAGCGUCCUCAAUGUUGAAUUUGGAGCAAAAAUAUUUAAUUUAAAAGAUGGAGAUACCUUAAAUAUGGAAUAUGUCAGGACUAAAAGUGAGAGUGAACAGUUCACAGCAAUGACAACCCUCAGUAGCAAAAGGUUUUAUAUUCAAAUCCGUCCACAGAAUCAUUCUACUGUCGAGAAGAUUCCACUGACCAAAGUGGGUCGAUGUAUUUACAGAGUAAGACAUGAGGAGUCAGGUGUCGAAAGGUCCAUUGUCUGCCAAAUUGAUACUGUUGAAGGAAGCAAGAUGAUAAAUAUUCGUUCUCCUAUCCAGAUAAAGAGUCAUUUUUCAAUCCCAUUCAGUAUUUUUGAUGAAGGAAAAUGUCUAGGGACUGCAUCACCAGAAAAUGAAUUCAACAUACCAUUGUCCUCAUACAGAUCAAUACUGAGUUUGCUACCCAUAGCAAAUGAAAAUGGAGUGGAUGGAGAAUAUGAUAUGUGUAAAGGAAUUACUUUUGAUGAAAUUAUGAAAAAUGUUGACAGCUUAUUACAAAGGAAAUGCCAGUCUGUGAGGUCAACUGAACACUCACUUAUCAUCAAUAUUGUUACUGUUAAAGACACGCUGACAUCUUCAUUGUGUUCAGAUGAUCAGUGGGAUUUUCCAUAUGUCGUUCAUUUAUGGCCUUCUGUUCUUCUCCGUAAUCUUCUUCCAUAUCACAUAACUUACUCUGUACAGGGAAGUGGAAACAAAUGUGAAACUCUGCAAGAUGGAUGUUCAGCCCAGAUUCAUAAUGCAGUCUUGGAUCAAACAAAAUUAGAUUUACAGUUGCUUAAUUAUCUUGAUCAAAACUGGAAAAGCGAGUACCAUAUAAAAAGUAACUUACCAGAGAUCAGUUUCACAACAUUUUACAGCAUCACAGAUUUCGAUAAGACUGAGCUGGACAUUGCUGUCCAUGUGACAUACAUGACUGGGCAAAUGGUUAUAGCAAUUCACAGCCCAUACUGGAUGGUAAACAAAACUGGUCGAAUGUUGCAAUACAAAGCUGAUGGCAUUCACCGCAAGCAUCCUCCAGAUUGCAAAAAGCCACUGCUGUUUUCUUUCCAGCCCAAAAACUUCCUCCAGAAUAACAAGGUUCAACUGAUGGUAACAGACAGCGAGCUGUCUGAUCAGUUUUCACUGGACACUGUUGGAAGUCAUGGUUCAGUGAAAUGCAAGAGUCAUAAAAAAGAUUAUCAAGUCGGUGUCACCAUAAACAACAGCAGUUUCAAUAUUACCAGAAUUGUAACUUUCACUCCAUUUUUUAUGAUCUCAAAUAGAAGCAAAUAUACUUUGGAAGUAGCUGAAGAAGGCAAGGAAAAGUGGAUACCAAUUGUGUUGCAACAGUGGUGUGAGAAACAAUGGGAAAGGGAACUUAGUGGCAUGUGUAUUCCCUUUUGGCCUGAAAAUGAUGCCAACAAACUGCUUGUCAGAGUUGAAAAUUCUCAUCUCCCACCAAAGAAGAUAAAUUUUGAUAAGCAAGAAAACUGUCUUUUACUGCAUUUAGACAACAAGCUUGGGGGGAUUACAGUGGAUGUCAACCUGACUGAACAUUCUACAGUGAUUACCUUUUCUGAUUACCAUGAUGGUGCAGCACCAUUUCUGUUAAUAAACCAUACUGAAGAAGAAAUCAUUGAGUAUGGACAGAGUUCCCUCAGUGAAUUAGAAGGCUGUCUUCAGCCAAACAAGGCAGUAUUGUAUACUUGGGCAGAUCCAGCUGGAUCUAGAAAAUUGACAUGGAAAUGUGGAAAAAGAACUGAGGAAAUUGCACCAAAAGAAGACAAAAUAGAAGUACUCAGCCUGGACUGCAGAAAGGUGGUCUAUUUAGUGUCGUUUUUUGAAGGUCUGCAGCGUAUUGUCCUAAUUACUGAAGAUAAGAAUGUGUUUAAAUUGGCUUAUGAAAGUGUACAGGCCGAACUAGCAGAACAAGAAAUUAUUCUCUCUUUACAAGAUGUUGGAAUUUCUUUGGUUAAUAAUUACACAAGGCAGGAGGUGUCCUACAUAGGAAUUACAAGUUCUGACGUGGUCUGGGAGGCAAAACCCAAAAAGAAGUCUAGAUGGAAACCGAUGAGUGUUAAGCAAACAGAUAAGUUAGAACAAGAAUUCAAAGAAUACAGUGAGCUAACUCCAUCAGAAAAUAAGACUGUUGAGUUGGAACCAAAUGUUUUGGUGUGUUUAACUCCUAGUGGAAAUGACAUGAAGAUUCAACAACCCAACGAGAUUCCUGUCAGAAGGAAUUACUUGGCAGCUUUGAAAGUGGAGUACAGUUCAUCAGCACAUCAGAAAUCUUUCAGAAUUCAAAUUUACAGGAUACAAAUUCAAAACCAGAUCCCUGGAGCCAUAUUUCCCUUUGUGUUCUAUCCUAUUAAACCUCCAAAGUCCAUCACCUUGGAUUCAGCACCAAAACCAUUUACUGAUGUCAGUAUUGUUAUGAGAACUGCAGGACAUUCACAAAUAUCUCACAUUAAAUACUUUAAGGUCCUGAUUCAAGAGAUGGAUCUCAGAUUAGACCUUGGCUUCCUGAAUGCACUGGUUGAAUUUUUUACACAGACCGAUGUACCAGAUGUCCAACAGCUGGAACUUUUCAAAAAGGAUGUAGAAUCUCUUCAGGAAGAACUGAUGAGUGUGUCAUCCAUGGAUACAUCACAAAUCAGCUUGUAUGAAUACUUCCAUAUCUCUCCAAUUAAGUUACACUUAAGCUUUUCACUCAGUACUGGUGGUGAAGAUAGUAACAAAGAAGAAAGAAAGAGAGAACUGAUACCACUUCAGUCGUUGAAUCUCCUUCUGAAGAGCAUAGGUGCCACCCUCACAGAUGUGCAAGAUGUUGUCUUUAAGUUGGCGUUUUUUGAACUCAGCUAUCACUUCUGUACUACACAACAGCUCCAAUCAGCUGUGACAAAGCAUUAUUCAAAACAGGCGAUUAAACAGAUGUAUGUUCUUAUUCUUGGUCUUGAUGUUUUGGGCAAUCCAUUUGGAUUCAUAAGAGGCUUAUCUGAAGGAGUAGAAGCAUUUUUCUAUGAACCUUAUCAGGGAGCCAUCCAGGGUCCUGAAGAAUUUAUAGAGGGAAUGGCACUAGGACUUAAAGCACUAGUAGGUGGAGCUGUUGGUGGAUUAGCUGGUGCUGCUUCAAGGAUCACUGGUGCUAUGGCAAAAGGUGUUGCUGCAAUAACAAUGGAUGAGGAUUAUCAGCAAAAAAGGAGAGAAGCCAUGAAUAAACAGCCCACUGGUUUGAGAGAGGGUAUCACUCGUGGAGGAAAAGGAUUAGUUUCUGGUUUUGUCAGUGGCAUAACGGGAAUAGUUACAAAACCAAUAAGAGGAGCUCAGAAAGAAGGAGCAGCUGGUUUUUUCAAAGGUGUUGGAAAAGGAUUAGUGGGAGCAGUAGCUAGACCGACUGGUGGAAUCAUAGACAUGGCAAGCAGCACAUUUCAGGGUAUUAAAAAAGUUGCAGAUUCAACAGAAGAUGUGGUAAGCCUACGCCCACCUCGCUUCUUUGGUGAAGAUGGUGUUGUUAGACCUUAUAGAUUAAGAGAUGGGACUGGAAGCCAGAUGUUACAGAAAAUUGAAAAUGGAAGGUUUGCAAAACUCAAAUAUAUUGCGCAUGCUAUGGUCAACAGUACAGAUCUGUUAAUGGUGACAAAGAGUGGUGUCUUAUUUGUGACAAAAGGGACAUUUGGACAGUUGACAUGUGAGUGGCAAUACACUUACGAUGAAUUUACGAAAGAACCAUUCAUUGUUGAUGGCAGGAGGUUACGCAUUGAAGCAAAGGAAAGAGUAAAGUCUGUGUUCCAUGCCAAAGAAUUUGGAAAAAUUAUUAACUUUAAAAGUCCAGAGGAUGCUAAGUGGAUCCUUUCUAAAUUGGAAGAAGUGAGAGAGAAUCGGCCAAAGUCAUAAUGAAUGGAGAAGCACCAAGGGAUGAAGUGUACUGAGCAGCUACCUUCUAACUCCUUUUGAACAAGAAGAACUAGUUGCACAUCAGCAAUAUUUUACAAAUAAAGAAAAUGAAAAAGGAGGGGGGGAGGCUAAAUUAGUUGGCACACCGAUCUGUGGAUGUCAUAAAAAGAAAAGUAUUAUUAAGUUUCAGAAAACCCACAAACCUCUAGUGAUGAAAAUGUUUUGCCAAGUUUCAGCUAUUUUAUUAAGCUUGAAAAUUCCAGAUUUCAUUUUUUUUUUUUUCAAAAUACAAUUUAUAUGAAUUUGCUCAACUUCUUUUGAAGGAAGCAUUAACUUAAUUAUCACUGUUUUAAAGCUCAAAUCCUAUGGAAUCUGUUCACCAGAAAAUUCUUAACUUAGUUAAUCACAGGAGGGGCUACUUAGUUAACAAAUACUAUUUUCUUUUAUAAAUGAAUAGGCCAGGUCACAAUGAAUUUUCAUUACAGUAUCACUUUUAGUGUGAACUUUUUUAUAUCCUACUCAAGGAAAUGUCAUUACACCCUUAUCAUUAUUAAGAGAAAAUAUAACAGUUUACAGAAACUUAUUAUGGGGAUAAUUAAUAUAUGUCUGCACUAGUAAUAUGAAUUUAAGCUUGUUAUUCUAAAUAAAAGUUAUAGCAGAUUUGCAGCUAAAAAAGGAAGAUUUGGGGUUAUAAGGGCACUGUUGCAUACCAAAAAUAUUUGCCGUGGAUAUUGUGUGCUAAGCAAGUGACUAAUAAAGUCAGAUUUAUAUUAAAUAACAAA